AUGGCCCAUGGGAUUAACACCGUGCUUAUGAACGAAAACUCGGCCCGCAGCCACAAAUCUGCAAAUUUCAAUAUUGGUGAUACAAGCACAGCUCAGGGAUUUGGUCUUGCUAAACCUAUCACGGAUGCAUGGACUACAGUUAUCACAGCCGCAGACAGAGUGACAUUUGAGACAGACUUUAUCCUUAAGGAUGGUGUCAUCUGUAUCUGUAUCAGUCAUGCGGUCCCAAUAUGGAGUUGA